AUGGCCAGCCCUAUUGCUGCCACCCGUCGCAGCUCCGGCUCCUCCAACUCCAGCUCCGGGGCCCAGGUUAAGUCGGCUCCCUUUGGCUACACGGCCGGCUCCCCCGACUCCAUUGCCAACAUGAAGAGCAAGAUCCAGAAUGUCGUCUGGAUCCUGCUGGAGAACCGUGCCUUUGACAACAUCCUGGGCGGUGUCCAGCGCGAGGGCCUCAGCAACCCCAUCAACGACGGGCCCUUCUACAACCCCCAGAACCUCAGCGACCCGGACGGCGCCACCUGGGCCAGUUUCUACAAGGACUUUGACUCCGUCCUCAACGACCCGGAUCACUCCGUCACCGGCAACAACCUCGAGUUCUACGGUACCUUCACCCCGGACAACGAGGCCAUCGCCAACGGCUCCCUGACCCCCUCCCUCAAGGGCUUCGUCGACAAGCAGCUCCUCUACUACCCGGACCUCGACCCCAAGGUCGCCGCCGAGCAGGUCAUGGGCUACUACUCCGAGGACGAGAUCCCCACCCUCGUCAACCUCGUCGACGACUUUGUCACCUUCAACCACUGGCACUCGUGUGUCCCUGGCCCCACCAAUCCUAACCGCCUGUGUGCUUUGGCUGGUACUGCCGCCGGCCACGGUGAGAACGACGACAGCUUCGACGUCUCCGGUGUGGACGUGACCAGCAUCUUCGAGGUCGCCUCCGCCAACAACAUCUCGUGGAGAAACUACGACGGCACCAACGGCGACUUCCUGCCCGAUUCCAUGUUCUUCAACUGGACCGCGGAUAACGCCGCCGACAACGUGGUGCCCCUCGAGAACUUCUACCAGGAUGCCUACCUGGGCCUGCUCCCCCAGCUGUCCUACAUUAACCCCUCCUGCUGUGGCGUCGACACCAACUCCAUGCACCCCAGCGGCAACGUCUCCUUUGGCCAGGUCCUGGUCAAGCAGAUCUAUGACGCCGUCCGCAACGGCCCCCAGUGGGACAACACCCUGUUCGUCCUCACCUACGAUGAGACCGGUGGUUUCUUCGACCACGUCGCCCCUCCCCUUGCCGUCCGCCCCGACAACCUGACCUACACCGAGACCGCUGCCAACGGCCAGAACUACACCCUCACCUACGACCGCCUGGGCGGCCGCAUGCCCACCUGGCUCAUCUCCCCCUACACCCCCAAGGGCUACAUUGAACAGUAUGGUAUCGACCCUGCCACCGGCAACCCCUACACCUACCACGCCACCUCUGUGCUCAAGACCCUCGGUCUCCUCUGGGAUCUCGAGGACCUGACCCCUCGUGUCUCCCACUCCCCCACCUUUGACCACCUCAUCGGUCCCAAGCUCCGCAAUGAUACUCCCAAGAACCUUGCCACUCCCCACACCUUUGCCAACGCUGUUUAG